UUCAAAACACCAACAACGCGCACUCUACCCCCCAUUUCCCAACCCUAAUUUCUUUUUGGGUUCUUCGCGGGAGAGAGAUUGGCGGAAAGAAAUAGAGAAACCCUAGGAAAUCCAGUGGAAGAUGAGGGGAGGGACCGUGCAGAUCAACUGGCACGACACCCAGCCGGUCCUAACCCUAGAUUUCCACACCCCGACUCGGCUUCUCGCCACGGGCGGUGCCGAUCACGACAUCAAGCUUUGGGUUAUAACCUCAGAUGAAGGGCAAAAGAAGCUUCCAAUAGUUUCCUAUCAAAACAGCCUUUCUUAUCAUAGUUCUGCUGUAAAUGUUUUGCGGUUCUCUCCUUCAGGAGAACACCUUGCAUCAGGUGCUGAUGGUGGUGAACUAGUCAUCUGGAAAUUACAGUCUACUGGUGAUAGCCAUACUUGGAAAGUACUAAAGACAUUGUUAUUUCAUCGCAAGGAUGUUCUUGACCUUCAGUGGUCUGCUGAUGGUGCAUACAUGAUUUCUGGUUCAGUGGAUAACUCUUGCAUAAUAUGGGAUAUAAAUAAAGGCUCAGUUCAUCAAAUUUUGGAUGCCCAUUUGCAUUAUGUUCAGGGUGUUGCUUGGGAUCCUUUAGGCCACUAUGUUGCUUCCCUUAGCUCAGACCGGACUUGCCGGGUCUACAUGAAUAAGCCUCAACCUAAACUCAAGGGCUGUGAGAAAAUGAAUUAUGUUUGUCAACAUGUUCUGGCAAAGUCAGAGCUGCAAAAGCUUGAUGAUUCAAAGCCUCCACCACCUAAAGCUCAUCUGUUUCAUGAUGAGACAUUGCCUUCCUUUUUCCGGAGAUUGGCGUGGUCCCCCGAUGGUUCCUUCUUAGUAGUGCCUGCAGGUAUAUACAGGUAUUCCUCUGCAUCUGAAGCAGUUAAUACUGCAUAUAUAAUCUCAAGGAGAGAUCUUUCAAAGCCCUCUGUACAACUUCCAGGGGCCAGCAAACCCAUUGUGGCUGUACGCUUCUGCCCUGUUCUUUUCUGUUUGCGAGGUUCUAACCCAGAUGGUUUCUUUAAGCUCCCUUAUCGUGUCAUUUUUGCUGUGGCGACCUUGAACUCUCUGUACAUAUAUGAUACAGAAAGCGUGCAUCCAAUAGCAAUAUAUGCUGGACUUCACUAUGCAGCCAUUACAGAUGUAGCAUGGUCGCCUGAUGCUAAGCAUCUUGCAUUGUCCUCACGAGAUGGGUACUGUACUGUUAUAGAAUUUGAGAAUGAUGAACUAGGGAAGCCUGCCUUAAUCUCAGAAGAGAAAAAAAUCACAGAAGGAAAUGGACAUCCAACAAGUAUGAAACCUAAUGUUGUGGAGAGUAUGGAAAUUGAUAAUAUCGAUGCUGGUAAAGCUGAUAUAGCUCACAGGGGAACAAAUACGAAGGCCAAUGAAGGAAAGCAAGUACUUUCUAAUGCAAGCAAGAAUUCUGAUUCCAAUAAACCUGCCAGGAAGCGCAUUACUCCUGUAGCCAUAAACUAGGAGUCGGAAGUCUGAGGAUGCCAUCUAUGGAUAUUUUGUAAUUCGUGUAAAAUUUUGCUGACUCGAUGUAGGUUCUUCUUCCCUUAGGAGUCUUCUGGGCCAUGCUAUUGAGGAUUUCAUGAAUUCCACCAGAAACCUAGUAUGGAAGUAGUAAAGGAGAUCUGUUAAUUUGGAGAAAGAGCCAGUAAAACUGACUGUAAAGGGAAGGAAAAAGAUGAAUCAAAGCAUUGUUUUGACAUCUGGCUGCAAUGUCUUACUUCUUUAUUUUCUGUAUAUCUAUCUAUUUAUUUUGGCA